GAGAACGUCAUUCUAACGCCAGAAUCCAGCAUCGAUUUGUACUUUUCAAAGGUCCUCCAACAUCAACUCCGAAAGACUUACUUGAAGGCGUGCUUUGAUAAGAAACUACGGAUCAAUCUGCACUGUGGAAUAUGGUGACGGUAUGGGACGUUAUCGGGGAUAAAUCUUACUCGUUCGUCUGGAUGACCUUUUGGGAGAUCGAGAAGGGAAAGUUCAUACGAUUUAUGAUUAUAAAUGGCGUGAACCAUUUCAAGCAUUGGGAUGAGCCCGAGAAGACAAUGGGAGUGUUCAGACGGUUACUAGACACAUCUUAAAUCCUAGCAACUCGAAUUUCAUUUGAGUGUGAU